CCAGAGUCCGGGAGUCAAAGCCGGUUGUCAACCCAGACCUGUCCCGCACUCAUCUGCCUUUUCUUUUUCUCUCAACAUGACAGAUGCCGCUGUGUCCUUCGCCAAGGACUUCUUGGCAGGUGGAGUGGCUGCGGCCAUCUCCAAAACGGCGGUAGCGCCCAUCGAGCGGGUCAAGCUGCUGCUGCAGGUGCAGCAUGCCAGCAAGCAUAUCACGGCAGAUAAGCAAUACAAGGGCAUUAUAGACUGCGUGGUUCGUAUCCCCAAGGAACAGGGGGUCCUGUCCUUCUGGCGUGGUAACCUGGCCAAUGUCAUCAGAUAUUUCAACACAUAGGCUCUCAACUUUGCCUUCAAAGAUAAAUACAAGCAGAUCUUUUUGGCAGGCGCUGGAAAACAACACCUGGCCUUACCGGGUGCCGCUGGGGCCACAUCCUUGUGCUUUGUGUACCCUCUUGAUUUUGCUCAUACCCGUCUAGCAGCUGAUGUGGGCAAAGCUGGAGCCGAAAGGGAAUUCAAAGGCCUUGGUGACUGCCUGGUUAAGAUCUACAAAUCUGAUGGGAUUAGGGGCCUGUACCAAGGCUUUAAUGUGUCAGUCCAGGGCAUUAUCAUCUACCGAGCUGCCUACUUUGGUAUCUAUGACACUGCAAAGGGAAUGCUUCCAGAUCCCAAGAAUACCCAUAUCUUCAUCAGCUGGAUGAUUGCACAGUCCGUCACUGCUGUUGCUGGCCUGACUUCCUAUCCCUUUGACACGGUUCGUCGACGUAUGAUGAUGCAGUCUGGACGCAAAGGAACUGAUAUCAUGUAUACAGGCACAAUUGACUGCUGGAGGAAGAUUGCUCGUGAUGAAGGAAGCAAGGCUUUUUUCAAGGGUGCAUGGUCCAACGUUCUCAGGGGCAUGGGUGGUGCCUUUGUGCUUGUCUUGUAUGAUGAGAUCAAGAAGCACACAUAAUUAUGUCUUAGGUGUCUCCCCAAGAGCAAGCAUGUUGUACAAUACACCAUAUCUUGAACAUUC